AUGAAUAAUAAUCAACAAGAAAUAGGGGGUGCCCAUGCUUUAUUACAACUUGGGUCCAAGCAUAAGGACGAUAGUGAUGGGGUGAAUGGAGAUGAACUCAUCGAUGAUGAAAUUGAUAUCACCACUCAUCAUCAUCAUUUAGAAGAUGAUUCAUUGGUUGAUGUGGGUGAUCAUGAUCAUGAUGUGGAUGACGAUGACGAUGAGGAUGAAGAUGAAGUUGAAAAGGCUAAUAAUCAACAAAUCAAUGAUGCGGUUGAAGCAGCUGUUAUGAGAUAUGUCGGUGGUACGUUGGAUGCUGCUAAUAAUCAAAAUCAUAACAAUGGAAAUAAUACCAAUAAAAGAGAUAAACGGAAAAUACCUGAUGAUAUUAUUAAUAAUUUAACUGAGUUUAAUCAAUGGACUGGAUUCUUGGAUGAAAGUAUUACUGAUCAUAAUGAUUUUUAUGGAACAACUACCGCCUCCACCUCCUCUGCAACUGCUACUAAUACUACUAAAUCAAAGAAGAGAAAGAGAAAUCUGAAUUCAAAUGGGAUUGAUCCCGAAUUAGAAGGAUUAGGUACAUCUGAACAUGAUCAAUUGGUUCAAGCUGCUAUUAAUGAUGCCAGAGAAUUAGCCAAACAUAUCAAUCAAGAUCAAAAUAAUCAUUAUAAUAACAAUAAUAAUAAUAAUCAAGAUCAUGAAUCAGCUAUAACUAGUUCUAUUUCUGCUAUUGCUCAAUUAGCCAAUGCUGCUACUACUUUAUCUAGAAAGACAGCUGGGAAAUCAACUGGUAGAUCAAAUAAAUCAAAUACUGUUGCUACUACCACUACAGAUUCUAAACGUUCAACUGAUAAUAAUAACACCAACUCCAACUUCAAACAAAUCACUGUUAAACCAAAAUUCAAUCAUUUAACUAAUGUUGAAAGUUUAGUAGAAGAUGCCUCAGCUCAAGCAUGUGCAUGGUUUAAUUCCUUACCUAAUUCUGAAGAAAAAGGUCCUCGAAAAUUCUCACCUCAAGAAAUUGCCGCUGUAGAUCAUUUCAUUGAAGGAUAUUGUCAUUUAAAUAAAUGGACAAGAGAAGAUGUCUGUAAUAGAAUUUGGUCUAAUGAACGGAAAAAGGAUAAUUUUUGGGAAUCACUUACUCGUGUCUUACCUUAUAGAUCUCGUGCUAGUGUUUAUAAACAUAUUAGACGUCAAUAUCAUGUAUUUGAAGUUCGAGCAAAAUGGACUAAGGAAGAUGAUCAAUUAUUACAAAAAUUAAGUUUAACUCAUGAAGGGAAAUGGAAAUUGAUCGGUGAAGCUAUGGGAAGAAUGCCUGAAGAUUGUCGUGAUAGAUGGAGAAAUUAUGUUAAAUGUGGAGAUAAUAGAAGUUCUAAUAAAUGGUCUGAUGAAGAAGAAAAUAAUUUAAAAAAUAUCGUUACCGAAAUGUUACAAAAUGUUAAGAAUGGAAGUAUAAAUUGGACUAUUGUAAGUGAAAGAAUGAAUGGAUCAAGAUCUCGUAUUCAAUGUCGUUAUAAAUGGACAAAAUUAUUAAAGAGAGAAGCAUCUGAAAAAUCAGUAUUCAUGUCUCUGGAAGCAAGACUUUGGAUGUUACAACAAGUUAAAAAUAAUAAUUAUGAAAGUUAUGAUGAAAUCAAUUGGGAUUUGAUUGCUGGUUUAUAUAAGGAUUUACCUAAAGAAGAUGAUAAUUUAGAUUCAUCAAUGGAAUGGUUAGCAUCUGAUUUCAAAACUGUAUUCGAAAAAAUGAGAUUAGAAAUUGCUAAUUUUAGAAAAUUAUCCUUUAAACAGAUCAUUACGAGAUUAUUGGAUUCUAAUUAUAAACAAAUCAGAAUCAUGAGACUUGCUGAAGAUCAAUUAAAUCAAUCCAAACCAAGUUCAAACAACAAUAAUAAUAAUCAUAAUAGUAAUCAUAAUAGAUCUAAUAAUGAUAGACUUGAUCCAGAUGAUCCUGAGUCCAUCGCCAAUGCAGCUGUUGCAGCCGUCAGUUCAACUGUUCAUGAUGAUGACGAUGUUCAACAACAGGAGUAUAGUUUAUGGAGAUAG